CUCGCUGCAUUCGCCAUGCUCCCCCACCCACAACUUCUUGGACCCACCCACCCCCCUCUUGUUGAUAUUCCUAGAUCCGCCCCUGUAGUGUCACUACAGUUUAUCUGCACAAACAGGAUGGAGGGUGUAAAGGAUGUUUCCAAGGAGGCAGUUUUGGCGCACUCAGAACAAGUAACUGAGGGAACUCCAACAGUUCAAGGAUAUGACUUCAACAAUGGUGUCAACUACCAUGAACUCUUCCAGACAUAUAGAUAUUCUGGCUUUCAAGCAACAAGCUUUGGUUGUGCAGUGGAAGAGAUUAAAAAGAUGAUAACCUGCCGGGAACUGCCUAUACCAGAAGACUUUAGCGAUGAAUUGGAAGAAGAUGAAUUUAUCAAAAUCAAGAGGAACUGCACUAUUUUUCUUGGCUAUACAUCCAACAUGGUCUCGUGUGGUGUUCGAGAGACCAUCAGGUUUUUAGUGGAGCACAAGCUGGUGGACUGCAUUGUGACUACUGCAGGGGGCGUGGAGGAAGAUAUCAUUAAGUGCCUUGCCCCAACCUACCUCGGCGACUGGUAUCUCAAGGGGAAGGACCUGCGUGUGAAGGGCUUCAAUAGAAUAGGUAACCUCAUUGUACCUAAUAACAACUACUGCAAGUUCGAGGAUUGGAUGAUGCCAAAACUUACGGCAAUGCUAGAGGAACAGAAGAAGGAGGGUGUAAAUUGGACACCAUCGAAGAUAAUAACUCGCCUGGGUGAGGAGGUCAACGAUCCUUCAAGUAUUGCUUACUGGGCGGCUAAAAACAAAAUUCCAAUCUUCAGCCCGGCAAUAACAGAUGGUAGUUUAGGGGACAUGCUGUACUUCCAUAGCAUUAAAGAACCUGGUCUCAUCAUUGAUAUUAAUGCAGAUGUGGCUAGACUGAAUCAGUUGACCAAGAAGUCUUUGAACACAGGGAUGAUUAUUGUGGGUGGUGGCCUUAUCAAACAUCACAUAUGUAAUGCCAACCUUAUGAGGAAUGGAGCAGAUUUCUCUGUCUUCCUAAACACAUCAAGUGAGUGGGAUGGUAGUGAUACUGGUGCUCGACCUGAUGAGGCUGUGUCAUGGGGCAAGAUAAAGAUGGAUGCCACUCCUGUCAAAGUGUAUGGUGAAGCAUCGCUUUUGUUUCCACUACUUGUUGGCGAGACGUUUGCCAGACAUCACCACCAGAGCCGUGAUGGUUCAGCAGCAGAAGCAGUGUAACUAAAGAAGGCUUUUCUUUAUUAUGUCAGGAUAUAGGACUGAUUUUUGCUACAGAAUCAUCUGCAGGUUUUUCUCUCCGUAUACAGUAUAGUCUGCAUUUACGCGGUCAAUUGAACCCGUGGAGGCCCGCGUAAAACGAGAAAUACGUAAAUGAAAUAACAGAACAUAUGGGAUUAUAAUUGAAAUAGAGACUGGGCCGACCCCA